GCCCGGGAUGUUUGAUAUUCGGGCACUCUACGACAACAAAGGCAAGACUAUGUCAUUUAAGAUUCCAGCACGUUCAACAGGAAUUUGUAUACGAAAUAACUACCCACUUAUUGUCAAAUUGAAAUCCGACCAGUUACCUGUCGGCGACUAUUACUACGAUCGGUAUGACAUUGUCCUCACACGCUGUAAAGACUUUGAGGAAAUUCAUAUCGUAGGACCAGUGGAGCAAGAUAUCGAAUUCCAGGUAGAAAUAGUCGUCCAGUAUGUCGAUCAACGGUACGACCUCAGGAUAUACUAUGAGUAUCACACACCUCUUGUUUCCUCUCAUCAACAACGGUACCAGUGGACGUCCCAGUGGUCCUCGUGCUCAGUUACCUGUGGAACAGGUUUCAAGUCUCUCAUACACACGUGUACGGACAUUCCGUUACAGACAAUGGUGGAGGAUAAAAGAUGUAAGAUCAAGGAAUACCCUGCUGAGAAUAGAACAACAUGUAUUCAAAGAACUUGUACUGCAAGAUGGCACAGUGGUGACUGGAGCGCGUGUUCUACUACCUGUGGGGUCGGCACCUCUACAAGACAGGUGGUGUGCGUCAACGGUACGGAGUGUAAAGUAAACAGGUGUGCUCCACGUCCAUUACACGAGUGUCACCACCUCACCAAACCCAACAACACCAUGACAUGUCACCAGCAACCCUGUCAACCCGUCUGGCGAAUAACACACAAGUCAAACUGUUCACAAGUAUGCGGUAUCGGAGAGCAGAGACAAAUUAUAAAGUGCAUGAGUGUGACAAACGCGUCUUUAGAGGUUGAUGACUCGCUGUGUAAACCAGAGGACAAGCCUGCCGAGUUCAGCAUGUGCUGUUAUAAACACUGUCUUCACAUGAACGACGACAACAAAAAGGAGUGUACUGAUAAUACCUAUUGCGGUUUCUACGACGUCAGUCACUGUAUAUCUGGUAAUAUACGGAAGGUGUGCCCACAUAUGUGUAGAGUGUGUGGGUGUGUCGACAAGCCAGAAUGUGAAGGAAGAACAGCCGAUGCUUGUACAAAUUUUACUACCUGGGCCAAAACUUACUGUUCUAAAACAUGCGGUUUUUGUACUUCAAAAGGUGGAUACAGUGUUGAUCCGACUUACCUAUUACAGUGCAAAUAUGACUAACCUUUUACAGUGUUGAUCUGACUAACCUAUUACAGUGCAAAUAUGACUAACCUUUUACAUGUUGCGUGUCUGGUUAUCAGAUUACUUUUUGGAUCCAGCUAACGUUUUACAUUGACGUGGUUAUGGCCUCCCAAUUUCAG